UUUCAAAGGUAAACGAUAUUCUGGUGUAUGUAUUUAAAAGAUGUUAAAGUUCUUAAGUUCGCAUGACAAGUACCUAUUAUAAACUUACAAUACGCUGCAACAAUGGAAUGCCCGCGGCAAACGAAGCUGUGCAUGUAAUCAGGCGGUGAAGCCAAAAUGUGAUUGGCUGUUGUAAGUCCUUUUGUACGAAAAAAUUCCCCCGUGUCCUGGCAUAAGUGAUCUGUUUCACAAAAUGAAGUGCUCAAAAGUCAGAUUUGUCGCUGUUGUGUUGAUAUUCAGCAUAGUUGCUGGAGUGUACCUUCUGCUCUCGCAUUCAGAAGGUGACGAUAGAACAGGAUCACAUUUGACGCGACUGUUCUCGAGCAAAUGGCGAUCAUCAGAAGCGAAACCACAAGAAGAAACUUGGAUUUCUGAAAUCGGAGGAUUAAAUUUCAGUAAUUCUGUGGUCUCCAGUGAACAAAGGCUGAAAUCCUUGAGACAAGUAUGUGGAAACACAAGGCAAUCGUGGGAUUCCCUUUCGGUCACAGAGAAAGAGAUCCUAGCCAAACACAUCUUGGUUAAUGAUGAGCACAAGUUUCUGUACUGUUCAGUGCCCAAAGUUGCUUGUUCAAACUGGAAAAGAGUCAUGAUGGUACUGGAUGGUGAAGCUACUGACACGAACACCAUCCGCAAGGUGAAUCACAUGAGCUUUACAUUCCUAGGAGAUUUACCACCCUUGGUUGUCAAACGCAAACUCCAAGAGUAUUAUAAAUUCAUGUUUGUAAGGGACCCUCUUGUCAGAAUUCUGUCAGCAUAUAAAGACAAAUUCUUGUUAAACAACACCUCUUUCCAUAAAAGCCAUGGAAGAAAAAUUGUCAAGCAUGUGCGGAAGAAUGUUACAGAAAACUCCAAAGGAGAUGACGUCUCAUUAGAAGAGUUUUUGCAGUAUGUAGCAGAGAGUCGUGUGGAAGACAUGAAUGAGCACUGGAUGCCAUUCUAUGAAUUGUGCCAACCUUGUGCUGUUUCAUACGACUUUGUUGGAUCCUUUGAGAAUCUGGAGUUGGAUGCUAAUCAAGUACUGAAAGAGCUUAAUGUGAAUGACCAAGUUUCUUUUCCUAAACAACAGAAGUAUUAUAAAGCAGGUGGUAAAGGAUAUGUAACAAGUAAGAAAUUCACAGAUGUAUCACCAGAUAUGUUGAAAAAAGCACUAAGAAAAUAUGAUUUGGACUACAAAUUAUUUUCAUAUCAAAAACCAAAUAUUUAAAAUGAUUUGAAUUUAUUUUUCACUUUGUGCACUCAGUUUUUAAUCCUACUCACUCAAUGCACAUCUGAUAAUUGAGUCCCCCCCACCUCCCCCCACUUCCAAAACCCCCAAUCCAUCAAGUUGAUGACUUAGCCCUACAGAGAUUAGGCGAAGACAAGCAUCCAGAUGUCUGUGUUUUGCAGGCUAUAUAGAGAUCUGUGUCUGAAUAUCUUGCUGCUGCCUGAAUUUCAAUGUUCAUUUUAAAUUACAACUAAAUUCUAAGAUGCAGUUACAAGGCAUUAAAAUUGACGAGGGAACAGAUUAAAUUAUAAACAUUUAACACAUUGAAACAGUGUGCUGGAUGUUCUGCACGCAUUGCAUGCCUCUAAUGCUAACCAACCAUAAACUGCAUGAUGUGAGAUUACAGAACACUUGCCCAAGUUAACUAAAGUAAUAGAGCGGUUUUCAAUUGAGUGUCAAAAAGUAAUUGGUUUUGCAUUUAUGCUGGGCGAUUGUCUUAAAAAAGCUCACGCCACUUUUUCAUCCAAUUUAAAGUAAAACAAAACCAUUGGUGACUACCUUGCACACAUUUUCCCACGCUUUGCGUGAGCUAAAUGCAAUUGCUUCACAUUUUGAUUGGUACAUUGUAUUGUUUGUGUCUUUUGUGACUGGCUAGAGUGAUUACUUUGGUUUUGGUUUUAUGACACUCAAUUGAAAACUGCUCUAGAAGUAAUUUACUAUUCCUUAAAAGAGUAGUAAAAGUGUUAUAUUUUUAAAGAAAGAUACAUUAAUAAAUGAGUAAAGAUUCUACUCACCUGUACAGACAAAAAACUGCUCUAGUACAAGUUGGUAGAAUUUGACAUGACAGGAUGUUUCCAGUACAAAUCACACAAUUUGGACAGCUGGAAGGAUAAGCAUUUUAUUUGUUUAAUACUUCAGGAAAAAUUAUACCCAUGGUGACGUCAUAGACCUGUUUUUUUUAAGAACAAUUAUCACAUAUAAAUUACGUAGGGCUCAUUGUUAGGAUAUGUCUAAUAUUGUAAAAUAUUUUGAUUAAAAGUAGUCACAAUUAAACAGAUUUUAAUGCUUCACUGGGGCAUAGCCAGGAAUUUCCAAAGGGGGAUCACACUGUGUCAAAGUGGGGCACUCA